UCAAUCCUAUCUGAAUUGAUCAUCUUUCAUCAACAGUGGGAUCCUAUGAUAACCACCCUACCUGGCCUGUACCUAGCCUCAGUCGGUCUGCUCAGACCCAUCACUGAGCUGAUGCAAGUUGACAUGUCUGAGAUGUGUACUACUGUCAUUCUGCGAUCCACUAACAUCCUGUUUGCAGUGGGCAACUUGUAUUUGCUGUAUGCACUGAUCAUGAGAAUCAACAGACAUGACAAGGCAUCCCAUGGUUUCAAGCCACUUCUGACUGCAGCUUCCUUGGCCCAUCUGCCUGUGCUGUACUUCUUCACCUUUCUUUACUACACGGAUCCGGGUUCCACCUUCUUCAUCCUCAUUAUGUACCUAUUCAGUCUCCAUGGCAACCAUAUCAUGGCUGGUUUGAUGGGGGCACUCUGCAUUGUCUUCCGUCAGUCCAACAUUGUCUGGGUGGUCUUCACUGCGGGAGUGACGUUCACGAGAGAGGUGGAGGGUGAGAGAGGCAGGAAGCAGAGUCCGGAUGCCGUCAACGACUUUGGAGCCAUCCUCACCUCGAUCAAGAAGGCGUUGCUAUAUCUCCUCAAGAUCUCCCAUCUGGGGCGUUUGAUACUCCUCCUCUGGCCAUAUGGCCUUGUGGCGGUGGCCUUUCUGGUAUUUCUGUACCUCAAUAAGGGAAUCGUGGUAGGGGACAAAAGUCACCAUGAGCCUUGCCUCAACCUACCCCAGCUCGUCUACUUCCUGAUGUUCUCAGCUUUCUUUGCUGCACCAUAUCUGGUCCCUUACUCCGCGGUCAGAUUCCUCAAGGCCUGCCUGAAACGCCCACUGACUUACAUAACCCUGACUUGCCUGGGAUUGCUUGCCGUCCACUACCUGACUUAUGUUCACCUGUAUGUCUUGUCAGACAACCGGCACUACGUGUUCAGCAUCUGGCGUCUGUACCAGCGUGACCACCUUAUCAAGUACUGCCUUGUACCCGUUGCAGUCUACAUUGACUGGUGCAUGCAGGACAACCUCCCAUCCUGCAGCAACCUGUGGCGCCUUGUCUACUUCACCUGCCUAGCUGCAGUCACCGUACCGCAGAAACUUCUAGAGCUGCGGUAUUUCAUUGUUCCCUACCUACUCUUCAGAGCCCAGAUGCCCUUGCAGCCCUACUGGAAGAUAUGCCUUGAGCUGCUCAUUGGUGCGGCAGUGAAUAUCGUCACCCUGUAUCUCUUUCUGGAGAAACCCUUUGUCUGGGAGGGUACCCCAGGUUUGCAGAGGUACAUGUGGUGAUGCGUUGUGGAUUUUAAGUACACGUACAUGUAUCUACUUGAUUAACAAUGCCGUACAUGUAUGCAUAUUAAUAUUGUGCUCGUAAUUACACUUAAAAGUGUUAUCAAGUUAUAUGGUUUAGUGGAAAUUGUCUCGUACAUGUAUGUGGUUAACCAAAUGUAAUAAAAUGUUAAGACAAAACCCAGUUGUCUAUUUAAGAAGGUUUAGUAAUCUGGAGUCUUGUCACUUUCAGUGCAUUUUGUCUGUGCUAAAGACAAAAAUUGAAUUGAAUAAUCUAGAAUUUGAAAUGUACUUAUACAAUGUGCUAUAAAUUUGAAUUAAAGAUGCAUAUUAAUAGACAGAAAGAAA